CUCAACUCCAAAGAAACCCGAAGGAGAACGUAGGUCAAAGUCAGAGAGAGACCAUUUCAAUCUAUCCAGAACUACAUGACAUAAAGGAAGGGGCUCCACCGGAGCCAGAAGGUAUGAGACGGACCCCCCCUGUGGUGCCCCACAACGUGGGCCUGGGGGACCUGACCCUCAUGUCCCGAGGACUGGUCAUCGCCCCGCGCCCCUGGACCGCCCAGCACAUCAGCAUCACACACACACCUGGCUCUACACACUCAUAUACACACACACCUCCAUACACACCUGUGGAAGGACAGGGAGCAGGGGAACCCAGAAAGACAGCACUGCAGUCAGACUCAGUCUCAUUGGUACAGUCAGCCCCAGAUGAGCAUCUGUCCCUGGGGGAGAUCAAGACCCUGCUCCCCCGGAGGCUGGGGGAGAGGCUGGAGGAUGUGAGGGCAGCGUUCAAGGCCCUGGACCCUGAGGGGAGCGGCUCAGUGACCCGGGGGGAGUUCAGACAGGUGGUGGAGGCCUUCCUCUUCCCCCUCACGCAGACCCAGCUCAACGCCAUGCUGGCCAAGGUGUCUAAGAGAGACAGUGUAACGGUGGACUACAUGGACUUUCUCAGGAGGUACAGCAGGGUGACUACAGCACAGAGACCCUACAGCUCUACAGCACAGAGACCCUACAGCUCUACAGCACAGAGACCCUACAGCUCUACAGCACAGAGACCUUACAGCUCUACAGCACAGAGACCCUAUAGCUCUACAGCCUCCUCUACAGCACAGAGACCCUACAGCUCUACAGCCUCCUCCACAGCACAGAGACCAGACAGCUACCACAGGUGUGUCUCUGGAUCAGACCAGAGGGGUAUGACCCUGACUGAGAUACAGCAACGCCUCAAACACAAGAUUGGGAGCAACCUGAAGAAUGUAAUCCGGGCCUUUCGUCUGUUCGACUACAACCGAGACGGACAGAUCCAGCAACACGAGCUGCGCCGGAUACUGGAGAACUACUGCUUCCCCUUAUCACAGAGAGACUACCAGAGACUGUGGACCCACCACAGCCCUAACAACAUGGCAACCAUGUCCUACAAAGUGUUCCUGGAGAAGCUGGGCCUGGAAUCUAACAAGUGCAGGAAGCUUGUCCCGGAGCCUCCAAAGCUAGCGUUGGGCUGGCAAGAAAUUAGUCCCCCAGACAAGACAAAACUGAGGAACAGAGCCUUGUCCCAGAAUGCAACAGGAGAUACACAGGAGAUCCAAGGCCUGACUCAAGAUGAGCUGCAGACGCUCUUCCUGGAAAAGUUGUGUGUGAGCUGUACCCUAGUGUGGAGAGCACUGCAAGCGUUUGAUGUCACCCAAUCUGGACUGGUGUCACAGGAAGACCUGAGGGCCGUCCUCAGCAGCUUCCUGUUUCCCAUGAGCCUCAGCACCUUCCAGAGCCUGACUUGCCGUUUUGGGGUGAGAGCAACAGGGCCUGUCAAAUGGAAACAGUUCCUGGGUCAGUUUCAGGGUCCAGUCACAGAGGAGGACUACACCACUCCUCAAACAGAGAGGGUUCCAGAGAUACCUGACGCAGAGGAGGGCCAUCAGAGUCUGACAGAGUUCUACCCUAUACUGAAGAGAGCCUUUAAACAGUUGGACAGGGGUAGGAUAGGGAGGAUCACCAGGGCAGACCUUCGUCAGGCUUUGGAAGUCCCCCAGUAUAACCUGAGGGGUCCCCAGGACUCCUGGUCCAGCCGCAGGGAGCCCUACACCCCCAGGCCCCGUCUGAGCCCAGCCCAGGUUAGAGAGCUCCUGAUUCUGCUGGACCCAGAGCACACUGGGGUCAUCACUCAGCCCAGCCUGGAGCUGCUCAAACCCAGGAGGGUGCACUCUUCCCCGGGGAGGGAGACACUACACACCCCUACUGGAGGAUGGAAGGAGGAGAUCAUGGAGGAUGCGGCUCAGGAGGAGCAGAGGGAGUUGAAUGAGACUCAGUAUCCACAGUGGAUUGAAAAGGCACCCACGGCAGCAGACAAAUGGACUACCGUGAAGGGCUUGCUGCGUGAUAAGCUGAGUGAUCAGAUAGGUCCCAUGCUGGAGGCUUUGGGGGACUGUGACCCUCGAGAGACAGGAUCUGUUCGCAAUGAAGACCUGAGAAGGAUCAUACAAUGUUACGGCCUGCCCCUCUCACACACACACUUCAACAAACUGAACUAUCAAGCCCAGAAUGCCUUGGUGAACAACAAGCCAGUGCGUUCCCCCAGCGCCACUGUGGGGGGUCCAAGGGUUCGCAUGGUGGAGAACAUUAUGUUCAGGAAGCUCAAAGAGAGGCUGGACCACAGACAUGUUACCCUCAACGACCAUAUACGGGCAAUGGCCAGUAGCUCAGACGGAAUGCUGUCGUUGAGAGAUCUAAAGAAGAUACUGGAUGACAGCUGGAUCACCUUGGAUGAGAAGCAGUUCCGCAAGCUCAACGUAUCGCUUGGUUUCAAAGACGGAAAAAUUUCCUGUUCGGCUUUCCUGGAUAAGUAUGAUGAGCACCAGGCCAGAGAGCAGAACCAGGCCUCGGGGGGUAACCAUGGUAACCUGCGGGCUAAGCCACGCCUCCUGACAGCGGAGGACUGCCUCGGUGUGAUCAAAGAGAAGAUCGAAAACAUCCAUGGGGACAUCCUGUCAGCGUUCCGUGUGAUGGAUCAGAACUGUGACAGGGUGGUGGACAGGCAUGACUUCAGAGAGCUGUAUGACAGUCUGGGCCUGGUCACCAAGGAGAGGGAGUACCAGCGCCUGCUGCAGCUGCUGGGCCUGCAGCCUGGAGCCAACCUCAACUACCCAGAGUUCUUCACCCUCGUCCAAUCCAGCGGCAAGACCCGCAGGCAGAAUUUCAAGCCAGCCAAUGGGCCAGACCAACUGCAUGACCACCUGGUGUCCAACGCACGCCACAGAUGGACUGCUAUGUCAAAGGUGAUUUGUCGCUUUGAUGAAGAUGGUCAGGGUCUGGUCUUUAAGAAGGACCUCAGGAGUCUCCUCUAUACCUACGACCUCCCCAUCAGUCCUGAUGAGUUUGAGGAACUGUGGGCCAGGUAUGAUGGAGAAGGGUGUGGCUACCUCACCUGUGCUGCGUUCCUGGAGAAGCUGGGCGUGGAUCAACAGGAGGUGGGACAUGUGAGGAAGGAUGCAGACACCACUCCCACAGAUGGUCUCCCUGCAGGGGCUACGCUUCAGGACGUUGAGCGCUUGGUGCAGGGUAACUGUGAGGGGUUGAGCAGUGCUCUGACCCGCCUGGAUAAGAAGAGAGAGGGCCUAGUCAGGGUGGAGGACCUACAGAGUCUGCUCCAGAGAUACAACUGUCCCCUACACAGACACCAGCUCACCCACCUCCUACACACACUCAAGGUUCCAAUGGACAGUGAGGACAGGACAUUGUCAUACGUGGACUUCCUGAAGGCGUUUGACCACGUGACAGGGAAGGGGUGUGAGCACCCCCCUAGGCCCUGUGGAUCCCCUGACCCAGCCGAGAGUCUGGAGUGGCUCAGUCCUGAAAGAGCUGCUGGUAGGAUACGGGAACUGGUCACUGCAUCGAUGGAUAUACUCCACAAGGCCUUCUCUGCCUUCGACAGGAGUGGGAACGGGACAGUCACCCCUCUGGAGUUCCGGCGGGUGCUGGACCAUUUUUGUGCCCGCCUCUCGGACCCCCAGUUCAGAUUCCUGCUCGACAGAAUGAAGCUGAACUGGGAGAACCACACGGUGUACUGGAGAGACUUCCUCAACCAGUUCAACCUAUGCAACCUGGACGUGUGUGAUUGGACCACUGAGGAUUGGUCAGACAGAGUGGGUAAGGCAGGUUUCCCCGCCCAGCCCCAGCCUCUGCCAAUCAGUGAGGAAGUUGUUUCCGCCUGCCUGUACACCAUCACCAAGGAGAUAGUGGACUUAGAACACACCCAUAAUGACACCAUCUCUAAAGAGGACUUCAGAAUGAUGUGUGACCGCCAUUUCAUGAGGCUCACCAGUGACCAGUUCGAGAGGGUGUGGGAGAAGCUGCCAGUGAAUGUGCUGGGGGAUCUGGAGUACAGGGAGUUCCUGAAGCACGCCAGUGGAGCUGUUGCGAUAAGGGACAAGACCAUAGACCCAGAGGACAUCAGUCCCCUGAAAUCUGCAUCACCACCAUCCCCUGGGCUCAUAGAUAUGUCACCAUCACCACCAUCCCCUGGGGCCAUAGAUAGGAUGUCAUCCUCCCCACCAGCUCUACAGAGACCAAAGACUACAGGCAGCAACCUCCAACGCUCAAAGUCGGAGGUGGGUGUGUCCAGCAGGGCCAGACGUCCGUCCACGGCUGGGAGAGAGAAGGAGGGCCCCCUGGUGGACUGUGAGGAGGUGGAGAGGAGGCUGAAGGGGGAGGUGCAGCGCUGCUGGAGGGACAUUCAGAGGAGGUGCAGGGAGGAGGACAGAGAGAGAGACGGAGAGAUCAGUACACGCUGCUUCCUGGACAUCCUGCAAAGCCUCAAUGUCAGUGUGACCCAGAAGGAGCUUGAUCGUCUGGCCGUAAAGUUCGACAUGAGGGACAGUGGGCGUGUGUCAUAUCUUGACUUCCUACGUCACUUCCUCCUCAACUUGAAACCGCCAGCAGUCAGACAGCCCUUUGAACGGCCCAGACUACCUCUCCCCACUACACCGAUGAGUGGGGGUGUUCUCAGUAGACAGUGUGUGGAAGCCAUGCUGAGGCUCUAUGGCCCGGUCCAGCAGUUCUGGCGCUCCUUGAGGCAAAACUUUGUUACCUUCGACCACAACCGCAGUGGCAAAAUCUGUAUCAAGGAAUUCAGAAAGGUACUAAGGCAGUUCAGAGUGAACCUAUCUGAGGAGGAAUUCUUCCACCUCACCUCUUUCUUUGACAAGAACACUACGGGGAAGAUCUCCUACAAUGACUUCCUACAGGGCUUCCUACACUGACCUCUAACCUCUGCCCUCUAACUAUGGCCCUACUGUAGGCUCCUGUGAAGGUUUAGCUAGUUAUCACUGAUAAAUCAAUCCAUAUUGAUCACUAUAAUUGCACUGCACCACUGAGUGAAGGAGGGAUACACAGAAUUAUUACAAAAUCAUGUCAUGUAAAUUAAAACAUAUAAAGUGAUGUAUUAUAUAAAAUAUGCAUUUGAGGGUUUUCUCCCAAUAUCUUCCCCUGGCAUGUCUACAUCUUUUUCUCCCUCUAGCAUACUGAUUUAUCUAUCCGCUGUAUGACUUUAUGAUACUGAUUGCUUUCCAAACCAAACCCAACCAAAUAAAGUGCUUUUGAAUGAUG